CUCCACCACUAGCUACUCUCUCUCUCUCUCUCCCCCCUCUGCGGCUCUAUCUGCUGGCGCUGCAGUGAAUCUCUCCCCCGCUGUCAGAAACCGUAAAGUCAGACAGCCGGUGGUCGGUAUCUAACCGUUAAAACUCACGCAUCUCGUCCGUUAACGGAGCUUUAAAAUCACUCUUCAAGCAGCGUCAGACCCCCACGAGGCAAAAUGGGAAAUGAAGCCAGUUAUGCCCUGGACAUGUGCUCGCACUUCGAUGCUGAUGAGAUUAAGAGGCUAGGAAAGAGAUUUAAGAAACUCGACCUAGAUAACUCCGGGUCCCUGAGCGUGGAGGAGUUCAUGUCUCUACCGGAGCUCCAGCAGAAUCCGCUCGUGCAGCGAGUUAUCGACAUAUUCGACACCGACGGGAACGGAGAAGUCGACUUUAAAGAGUUCAUCGAAGGAGUCUCCCAGUUCAGCGUCAAAGGAGACAAGGAGCAGAAGCUGCGUUUUGCCUUCAGGAUCUACGACAUGGACAAAGACGGCUACAUAUCCAACGGGGAGCUGUUCCAGGUCCUGAAGAUGAUGGUGGGCAAUAACCUGAAGGACACCCAGCUGCAGCAGAUCGUCGACAAAACCAUCAUCAACGCAGACAAAGACGGGGACGGCAGGAUAUCCUUCGAGGAGUUCUGCGCGGUCGUUGGUGGGUUAGACAUUCACAAAAAGAUGGUGGUGGACGUCUGAAAACUUCCUUUUUUUUUUCCUUCUUCCUCCAUUUACUGAAGAUCUGCUUGAAGACGUCGUCCAGCAAAAAACGCUCAACGAAAGUAUUUUCUCUGUGAAAUAUCCCUUUCCUUCCCUCCCUCCCUCCCUCCCUCCCUCCCUCCCCUCCCCCCCCCGAGCCUUCUGAAGCCAAACUUUCACCAAGUAUUAUCGACCAGGAACUUCUCUGUGACUCGUCGCACUUUAAAAGCUGGCGCACGGCUUUUUAACGCAGAGCGACGGUUUCAGUUUGGUGGAGGAAAGCUGGAGUGUGUGUGUGUGUGUGUGUGUGUGCGUGUGCGUGCGUGUGUGUGCGCGUGCGUGUGUGUGUGUGUGUGUGUGCGUGUGUGUGUCUCUUUGGGUGCGUAUGCUCUGUAUGUUUCAAUGGUUUUUUUCAAGGUAUGUGGGUUUUUUUAUAUUUAUUUUGGUGUCACAUAGUGUUUUUUUUUUUUUUCCUUUAUUUCUUCUGGAGAAUCAAAGGAAGUCUCUCUUUACAGAAAGUGAAACCUUCAGCGGACGGGUGUGGACGGGUGUAGUUAGCGGCGAUGUUACUUGAUUUCAAAGAACAACACAAACCCAGCAUGAAGUGCCAACGAGACGUUUUAUUGACAUGCAGUUUGCAUUACAGGCAAAUCUGUGUCUUUCUCCUAGAGAUGUAAUCGUAUUAUUGAAUGCAUUAUUUACACUUAAAGAACCGCUUUCAGUUUA